CUGCGGAGUGCUGAUUACCGCGCGCGCUAAAAAAGAUCACAGUCUCGUGCAGUGAUUCCACCUCCUGGUUUAUUAAUCGAACUGGGUCGUUUUUUUGAACGCAGAGGACACUUUUGAAAUUGAAAUGAACGGAGACACUGGAGUGAUUCCGCCCGUUGGAUUGCACUUGUCUCAAGACUGAACCCGUCCCACACCCGACGUCCUUAAAGAAAACGAGGAGACUUGGCUGAUGCAUCUCGGCGCGAGCGUCCAUUUCACGGCAAUUACAGUUGGAAGCAAAAGGGGGGGGGGGACGGUCUGCAAUCCUCCGAAGAGAUCCCCUGUUUAUCUUCAGCCUCAAGCCAGCGCAAUAGUACCCACACGUUCGCUGCGAGCGUAAAAGUAACCCGACGGCUGACAUUCAAAGCGAAGAGUCACUUUUUCUCCAUUUACACGGGAGACAGUGUCGCUCGUUAUUUCUUUUGGGGGAACACAUUGCAACCAAACUGCGUCUCGUGGUGCUCAUCUGCGGUCUCUCUCUCUCUCUCUCUCUCCGUUUGUGCCGAACGACUCGAGGAAUACCCUUCAAGUUUUCCCUUGGAAGUUGCGCAUUGUCAAAAUGGGAUUUGGUGGCUUUUUCGCCGUGCCCGGUAAAUGCCUUGUUGUCCUCGGACUAAAAUUGUUGUUCCUUAUACCUGCAGGAGUUCCGGCAAGAAGCGGGGACUCUUUAUUAAAGGACAACAUCACCGUGAGACAAGGGGACAGCGCCGUCCUAAAAUGCAGCGUGGACAGCAAGGUGACGCGGGUGGCCUGGCUGAACCGCACCACCAUCCUGUUUGCGGGCAGCGAGAAGUGGACCCUGGACCCCCGCGUGGUGCUCAUGGAGAACACGCCGGUCAGCGAGUAUAGCAUCAAGAUCCUCAGUGUGGACGUCCACGACGAGGGCCCCUACGUGUGCACCAUCCUCACCAACAAGAAGCCCAAGUCCACCAAGGUUCACCUCAUCGUUCAAGUGCCUGCCAGAAUCACCAAUAUAUCCCAGGCCGUGACGGUCAACGAGGGCAGCAACGUCAACCUGGUGUGUCUGGCCCUCGGUCGGCCGGAGCCCAGCGUGGUGUGGAAGCAUCACUCUGUGAGAGGUGUACGCAAGUUUGUCAUGGACGGGGAACACCUGGAGCUGAGAGGCAUCACCAAAGAGCAGUCAGGAUCAUACGAGUGCAUGGCCUCCAAUGACAUCUCCACCCCUGAUACCAGGACCGUGCAGGUCGUCGUCAACUACCCUCCGUCCAUCUCCAAGGCCCGGACCACCGGCACACCCGUGGGACAGAAGGGCAUUCUCCAAUGCGAAGCCUCCGCGGUUCCCAGGCCAGACUUUGAGUGGUACAAAGAAGACCGCAGGCUUUUCAACGGGCUGAACGGCGUGAAGAUAGAGAACCAGGGGAAAAUAUCCAUGCUUGUGUUCUUCAACGUCUCAGAAGAAGAUUACGGGAACUACACGUGCGUGGCCAUGAACAAGAUGGGGAUCACCAACGCCAGCAUAAUCCUAUAUGGACCAGGUGCCAUGCAUGAUGUCAAUGGCGCCGCUCUGUCGCCCUACUGCGCCCAAAGCCUGGCUCUGACCGUCACCUUAUUGCACCUCCUCAAGUUCUGAUGUGAGUCACGGCCACCCUCCCUCCCUCCAGACUAACGGUCGAAUACGAAGAUGAACAGAAAGCCCAGAAACAGCAGUGGUCCUCCCGUGGAAGUGUGUGUGUUGGGGUAUGUGUGUGUAUGUGUGUAUGUUUGUGUGUAUGUGGGUGUGUGGACGUGUGUGUGUGUACGUAUGUGUGUGUGUGUGUGUGUGUGUGUGUGUGUGUGUGUGUGUGUGUGUGUGUGUGUGUGUGUGUGUGUGUGUGUGUGUGUGUGUGUGUGUGUGUGUGUGUGUG